CUCGCAACAAAAGAACGGUUUUGCUGCCGUUGUGGAAAUUACCAUUCAAUUUCAUCUGAAGAAAUCCACACCCACUUCCAACUAAUAAAAUAUCUACCAUCAUGGGUGACACGUGGCAGCACUUUAUUUGUUGUAAAAUUAGGUGUAAACAGCUUGAUAAGUACAAAAGAAAUUGAGGAAUGCCCGAUGAAAGGCAAUUGCAAAAAGUUGGGUAUCAAACUACCUGCUUGGUCCAUAUUGCAGUGCCUAUUGGCAUCAGCGAAGUUUGACUCUUCUGGGUUGGUGAUUAGUAUGUGUUCUUGUCUCCUUUAUGUCAUUGGUUUUAUCUAACCUAAUUGAGUGACAACAUAGUUGUGUAAUCAAAUUUUGCAGCUGACGAUGUGAAAUUGACAAGGAUCAAUGGACCUAGCGAUAAGUUGUUUGACUGGUUCAUCGAACCCCUCUUGAUAAUGAAAGAGCAACUGAAGAAGCAUCAACUUGAUGAAGAUGAAGAAAUUUGCCUGAGAAAGCUCGUUACAAAGUCUGAGGGUUGGGAUGAUAUUGGAUAUCCAUCCAAUGACAAAGUCAGGAGAACUCAGCUUCAAGCCAUAAUCAGAAGGUACAUUUACUGAUAAUGCAAAUAUGAUCAAUUCCACCGCUUCAAACCAUGCUUUUGUAUUGCCAAUCCUAUACAAAUGGAAGUUGGAUAUCAUCUAUUAACUUUCAAAUGACAGGUUACAGGGAAUAGUAGCUUCCAUGUCCCGGAUUCCCACAUUCCGGCGUCGCUUUAGGAACAUAGUGAAGAUUCUAUACAUAGAGGCCCUUGAGGUCGGUGCUUCUGCUAAUCGUAAUGGAGGAGCCUUGAAUGCCUAGUGACGAGAUUAACAGCAUGUUUGAGAUGCAGGUUAGGAUAGGACUGAGUAAGACAAAUAAUGAGACAAAACAAGACUAGAUUGGAAAAGAUAAUAUGAAUCUCAUCUUAUGUUUGGCAUUUUUUUGGAUUGUAUAAAAAAUUUAUCCCAUUUUAUGUUUGGAAUUUUGUAGGAUUACAUAGGAUAACUUUAACAAAAUUUUCAUAUGGAC